UUUUGACAACUAUGUCUUGACAGACGUCAUCGCGACAAGAGGGUGUUGGGGAGAAAAAAAAAUAAUAAAAGAUAAAUAAACUGUGUAAAACGAUUCAUUACGCGCAAAUAGAAUAAAAUGGGCGAUGGGGCCCCCGCUAAGGGUGUCCAAAACGAGCCGGCGAUGAAAGGAUGGCUCUUCAAAUGGACAAACUAUUUAAAGGGUUACCAAAGAAGAUGGUUCGUUUUGCAAAACGGAUUGUUGUCUUAUUAUAGGGCUGAAAAUAAUAGCGGGGGCGUCACGACACUGUCUCUGAGGAGAAGGCGCAGAUUUCGAAAUGGAAACCAAGCGGAAAUGGCGCACACUUGUCGCGGAAGUAUCUCGCUCCAUGGGGCCCUCAUUCAUACCGUCGAUCAUUGCACCUUUGUCAUCUCCAAUGGAGGCACCCAAACGUUUCAUAUUCGAGCUGCUUCUGAAAUUGAAAGGCAAAGUUGGGUUACCGCGUUAGAAUUAGCUAAAGCUAGGGCUAUUCGAAAUUUGGAGAGUGAAGAGGAAGAGGAAGAAACAGAGGAUGGGGCGUCUCCAGAAGAGUGGGCCAAUGUCGUUCGGGAGUUACAGGCGAAAUUGGAUGAUCUGAAAACGUGUUCGGAUUUGAUUUCGAAACACGGCGGAGCGCUGCAACGUGCUCUUGGAGAGUUGGAGGUUACCGCGGAAUCGGAUACAAUUCAAGGGAAACACAAAGCUGUUCAGGAGAGGGCCACCCUUUUCCGGAUUGCUAGUAACGCAAUGAUGAAUGCUUGUUCUGAAUAUUUAUCGAUGGCGUUGAAUCAUGGGCACAAAUGGACGAGGCUUUUGCAACAUGAAAGGGAACAAAGGCAGCGGUUGCAAGAAAUGGUUGAAACUUUAGCGCAACAACACUCGAAAUUAGAACAAGCAGCAGCUGCUAACGCACAACGACCGCGAGAUGUGAUAAGCGGAAGCGAAGAUGAAGACGAAAAUGAAUUUUACGACGCCGUAGCCGAAGGUGGUAACAAUUUGCUUCCGGUUACUUCAUCGGGAUCUUCAUCCGAUCAUCGCUUUUUAAUUGAUAUUCCUAACCCACCACACAACCGACAACAACAACAGCAGGAAUUAGGUGGUUCUGACGAAGCGGCGACUAGUUCGGACGCAAGUUCUAGUGAGGAAACGGAAGAGACGGGCGGACAGCAAGCUGUCGUUGUAACCCACGGUAAAACUGAUUCUUCGCCGUUGACGGUGGAACGUAAAGACGGAACGGCAGCUGCGUCGAGCUCCGGCUCUAGCGGCGGCAAGAAAUCCGGCGCUAGAGCCCGUCGGAAUCGCGUUCCCGACAAACCGAAUUACCCGAUUAGUUUGUGGAGUAUCGUGAAGAAUUGUAUUGGAAAAGAUCUGACGAAAAUACCGAUUCCGGUUAAUUUCAGCGAGCCGUUGAGUAUGUUGCAGCGUUUAACCGAAGAUUUUGAGUAUUCGGAGAUUUUGGAUAAGGCGGGAAAUAUUACGGAUCCGUGCGAGCAAUUAGCCUAUGUCGCGGCGUUUACUAUUUCAUCGUAUUCGACGACCAGCUCGAGAAAUGGGAAGCCUUUUAAUCCGUUGUUGGGCGAGACGUACGAGUUUGAUAGGAUGGCCGAUUUGGGCUGGAGGGUGAUUAACGAGCAGGUUUCUCAUCAUCCGCCAAUGGUCGCACAAUAUUGUGAGGGACGUGGUUGGAAGUGUUGGCAGGAAUUUUCAAUGUCUUCUAAGUUUCGGGGAAAAUAUUUACAGAUUGUUCCAUUAGGUAUCGCUUACGUAGAAUUCGAUAAUGGCAACCGUUACUCGUGGCGAAAAGUAACAACAACCAUCCACAACAUAAUCGUGGGAAAGUUAUGGGUCGACCAUCACGGCGACAUGGACAUCAUCGGUAGAGGAUCCGCAACGGGAUCAACGUGCCAUCUAAAAUACGUACCGUACUCCUACUUCACCAAAGAAUCGCAACGCCGAGUAAAAGGGGCCGUAAUGGACUCUGCCGGCGAAGUUAAAUGGAUCGUAAACGGAACGUGGGACGGCAAAGUGGAAAUUUGUAAAGUAACCGGAAAUUCGUCGGGAAACGCCCAAAAUAAUCCCGUUUAUGAAACGGCGGCACCCUUAACAGCUUGGAAACGUCGAAUGCCCGAUGCUGAAGCGGAAAAAUAUUAUAAUUUUACCGAGUUAGCUUGUCAAUUGAACGAACUUGAAGAUGGGGUUGCCCCUACGGAUUCGAGAUUACGUCCGGAUCAGCGAUUGAUGGAAGAACAAGAUUGGGAUAAAGCGAAUCAAGAGAAAGUUAGGUUGGAGGAGAAACAAAGGGCUGUUAGGAGAAAGCGAGAAGCUGAUGCCGAGAAAGCUCAACAAUCGGGUAUUCCUGUUGAGCCAUACGAACCGAUAUGGUUUAGACAAGUAAAAGACGAAGAUACAGGUACGUUUAUACAUGUUUAUAAAGGCGAGUAUUGGGGUUGUAAACAGAAACAGGAUUGGUCGCGGUGUCCGGAUAUAUUUUAGUAAUUGUUGUCUGGGUGAGUCGAUUAAUAAGAAUACUACAUAGGAAAUAAAAUUAAAAAAUAAAUGGGGGGUUUUUAAUUGUAACUUUUAAAUAACGCGAAAUGGUGUACACUAUAUAUAUAUAAUAUACAUAAUAAAUAAAUAAUAUAUUAAUACGUAGGCCGUGCUUGGGGCCUUCGCUACCCAUCAUCACCUUUGCCCUGUUAACGUUAACUGAGAAAAUAACUACUUUCGAUUAUUGUACAUAGAGUGCUCUGAUUGGAUCAAGGUAAUAUAAAAAAAGGAAUAAGAAUUGUAAACGUUUCUUGUCUAGGAGUUAUUAUUAUUAUUAUUAAAAAUCAAUAAAAAUUUUAUAAUA